AUGACCGUUGCCGCUCCUAUCCCUCCGUUAAAAAAUGACAGUGAUUUUGGAGAGUUCAAAGAGUUCUUGUUGGCCAAUCUGAUUUCUAGUGGAAGUCCGGAAGAGGAUUCGUUGAAGAAAGUUUUCAACGCCUUUGAUCAGGUAUCCCAAAAAGAUUUCUUUAAUGCCAUGUUUUAGGAUCUUGAUGGCCGUCUCAACGCGUCCGAAACUGCUGAAUUCAAUAGAAAAAUUGUCGAUAAAAUCAAUGGGCUGAAGACUGCAUUUAUGGUCAUCGAUAUGCAAAAUGAUUUUCUGGUUGAGACCGGCGGAAUGCCAGUUAUUGUAAGUGCUCUUCAACUGGUCGGAUUUCGGUUUUUUGGACUUACAACUAUUUUUUUGAACUUACAAGUAUUUGUUGAAAAAACGCCGGAUAAUUAUGCAUCAACCUAAUAUUAUACUAUAUAUCCCUGUCCAUUUAUAGCGCUGCCCACCCAAAGAAGACCCUCUGGAAAUUAUCCCAACAAUAAACAAGAUCAUCGACCGUUCCAAGGACUUCGAUUUAACCGUUUUUACCAUCGAAUGGCACCCACCAAAUCACAUCUCCUUCGCUGAACAUGCCCAUGAUUCCGAUCGAGUUUUGGCGGAUCCCUCGCAAAAAAUUGAGCCGCUGGCGAUUGUCGAAUUCGCGUCCCCAAAAGUGACCAUACCCCUAAUGCCGAAGCAUUGCAUUCAGUGGUCCUGGGGAGCUGAUGUUCAUCCGGCGGUGAAGAGGCCACAGGGGUCAGUCACUGUUCCGAAGACAUACAGCGGUUUUGUGGAAACGCAUUCUGGCUUCGGGUUGGAAGGGUUUGAAAAGUAAGAAGAGCGAUUUUAUAUUGUAAAUACAUGCUUAAAAAGAAGGUGAGAAUUGACGAAGAGAGCGAAGAAAUUCAACUUUCCGACUUUCUGAAAUUUUUGAUCGAUAAACUCGCAACAAAAAUGCCAAGUUUUGUCCAACUUUUGUACCAAAAAUCUCGAUUGUUUCUGGGAAAUCUCAAGCUAGACAUGUCGCAUAUGGCUCAGAAAAAGUAAUCAAAUUUGUGUCAAGCUUAUAUGGACAUCCGAAAAAAAAUUUGAAGGAAGUCCCACGUAUUUUACAACUCCUUUUCAGAACCGAUCUCGAAGAUGUUCUCCGCGCCAACAACAUUGACGCCAUUUUUAUGUGCGGAGUUGCGGGUGACAUCUGCGUCCCGGACACCGCCUUUGACGCCGUGAAACUCGGAUUUGAAGUCGCAAUUUUGGAGGAUCUAAUGUGAGUUUUGGGGAGUCAUCAAAAUUUUAUUUUUUCAGUCGAAAUAUCGACUUGAAUUGGCCAAAGAUGUCAAGAGAUCGGAUGGCUUCCGUGGACAUUCCGUAUGUGCAUUCUGAUGCCGCUUUUGAAUACGUGAACAAGCGGAAAGUCCCAUGGCAAUGGAUCAAGCAUUUUGCAGGAAUUUAG